AUGGCGGAGGCACGCUUUGCGGCGCGGCCCACGGCCGCUCUCCAUCACGUGGGCUUCGAGGUUGACACCAGCAGGAAGCAGGCUCAGCUCUCUGUAAGCAGCAGUGGCCUCGUGCUCUAUAUCCCGCAUCCGUACUUCAUUAUAAAGAACAUGCGCCGUUCCUUUUGGCAUGGAAUCGACAAGGUUCAGUAUGCACUAUACCCAGUUCCGCUGUCCGUCGUCACGGCGUUUGCAUUUGGAGUAUUCGUAUGGGUCCUCCGCUCCCCGUCUGACUCAUGGAUUCGCACCAAUGCGUUGUCAGAGCUGCUCUGGCGCCUCGAUGAACACAACCCCAUCGCGAGGCGCAUUGACCCUCGCUACCGCCUGCCGGCGCUCUUUGCGAAUGCCGCAAUUGGUUGCAUCACACUCUUCACCGCGGUGCAGCGCUUCGCCCUCCGGCAGGUGCUGAAGUACAACGGCUGGCUAUACGAGGGUCGCAGGAAAAAAAGUUAUGCGACAAUAGCCUGGUCGUUCAUCCUCAAAACGCUCUUCUUCCGCAGCCUUGAGCGGACAGAGGCGUACAGCAGCUGUCUGCCGGCGCAGCCGCUGCCGGACCUUGAGAUGACGGUGCAACGCUUCAUGCAGUCGGUCGCGCCGCUGUACGAGGGACAACCCGUGGAGUGGCAGCGGCUCAACAGGUUGGCGGGGGAGUUUGUGCAGGGUGAGGGGCGGCGGUUCCAGCGCCUUCUGAAGCUGAAAUACAUGUUCGCUGAGAAUUACAUGGCAGACUGGUGGCUUAAGUAUGUGUAUCUUUCUCAGCGGGAGAGCCUGUGCAUCAACUCCAACUGGUUUGGCCUGAUGUUCGCCAAGUAUGUGCCGACCUCGCGGCAGGCUUCACGUGCUGCUGCCGCGGUGUACAAUCUUGUACGCGUGAAGAAGCGCCUCGAUAAACGCACGUUCCCGCCACAGUUCGGUGGCCUCAUCCCGUUUGAGAUGGACCAGUACCGCUACGUGUUCAACACCACCCGCGUUCCUGGGCGCGAGAUGGAUUUACUGAUGCAGUACGAGGGGACGAAGCACAUUGUGGUGAUUUCCAAGGGCCGCUUCUAUAGCCUGGAGGUGCUGCACCCGGUGACAAACCACCAGCUCUCGCCCUACCAGCUGGAACUGGCGUUGGAGUCGAUUCUGCAGUCUGAUGAUGAGAUGGACCCAAUCGAGGCGCUCAUCCCGGCAUUCACUGCCGCCCCACGUGCGGAGUGGGCUGAUAUACGCGACAAGCACUUCGUCAACAACGCCUACAACGUGAAGCCGCUGCGGGUGAUUGAAGAGGCCAUCUUUGUUCUCUCCCUUGAUGACGUCGCGCCGACCUCAAUUAACGAGGAGGCAAUGCUAUACCUCUGCGGCAACGGCCACAACCGGUGGAGCGACAAGAGCUUCAACGUCAUUGUAUUGGAGGAUGGCCGCUGCGGCGUGCACGUAGAGCACUCGUGGGGCGACGCGCUGACGCUUGCCCACGUGCUGGAGCACUUCAGUGUAUCGGACGAGCACCGCGAGUUGUACACGGAGGAUGGCCACGUGAAGAAGCUCGCUGAAGACGAGGCGGCGCUGGCAGCAGGCAAGUUUAAGGUGUUCCCCCCCAAUCGCAUCCGCUUCACCAUCGACAAGGAGAUGAAACAAAGCAUCCGCACUGUUCACGAACGGUACUUACACGAAGUGCAGGACGUCGAUCUCGACAUCUGCCGCUUCGCCGAAUACGGUAAGGAUAUGCCCAAGAAGAACCACUGCAGCCCAGACGCGUGGGUGCAGAUGGCGAUGCAGCUCGCGUACUUCCGAGACCAGGGACGCUUUGACCAGACGUACGAGGCGGCCUCGCUGCGCAUGUACCGCAAGGGGCGCACCGAAACCAUCCGCACCGUCAGCGCCGAGUCGUGCGCGUUUGUGCGGGCGAUGCAGCAGCCGUCGCUGAGUUCGGCGGAGAAGUUGCGGCUGCUGCGCGUGGCGUGUGAGCGCCACCAGCUGACAUCGCACGACGCGGUGGCCGGGCGCGGCGUGGACCGGCACCUCUUCGCACUCUACUGCGUGAGCGCCGCGUACGAGGUGGUGUCGGAGUUCUUACAGGCGGCGCUGCGGCCGAAGUGGAGGCUCAGCACGUCGCAGGUGCUCACGCGGCAGAUACCAGCGGAGUUCCACGCGAAGGACGAUGUGCCCUUCGAGACGCCCAACGGCGGCUUUGGCCCGGUCGCGGACGACGGUUACGGUGUGUGCUACUGCAUUUACGGCGAGCGGCUGCUGUACUUCAGCAUCACAUCGAAGCACAGCUGCCCCAUGACCUCGUCGAAGCGGUUUGCGGAGCACAUCACCGAGGCCCUGCGUGACAUGGCUGCGAUUGCAAACGCCAAGUGA